CGAACUGGUUAUAUAAAAAUAUUAUCAUCACAUCAAUAAUUACAAGGCCGUGGCAAUAUAAUACUUUUUUCUCAACAAUUUUUUAUAGGUUCUUCUCUAUAAACCCUUUGUUUCUUCCAUUGACUCAACUGAUCUCUAGUAAUGGCUACCAAAAUAUCUAGUUCACCAUCAAUCUGCUACUUCAGCAGCCAUGGCAAAAAUUGCCAAUAUUUACAUUUUCCAGAUUGUUAUUCAUUCAAUCUCCCUCUGAUCAAGGGCCAAUGUAAGAUCAAGAAUCCUAACUAUGUCUUCCUCUUUGGAGCUAAAUAUGAAUUUUAUAAAAGUGGGAGCAGAAGCAGCAAAUUUCAACUAAAAGCCUCAGCUAAUGGAUCUGGUUCUUCUUCCUCUUCAUGGAAAAAGUGGUUGAUGGGGCUUCUGCUAGCAGUGAUUCUUCCAGCAUUGGGACAUAAAGGGGGACUAUUUGCAGUCCUUAAAAGUAAGAUCAACGCAGCUGUGAAGACGGUGGAGACAGUGACGGAGAUGGUGGAGGAGGUGGCGGAGGAGGUGGAGAAGGUGGCCGAAGAGGUGGAGGAGAAGCUUCCACAGGAAUCAAAGCUUAAGGAAGCUCUAGAAUCCGUCGACAAUCUGGCCAAGAAAGUUGUCAAGGAGUCUAAUCAAGCUGAAGAACUUGUUCAUAAGGUUCAGGAGGUCGAGGAGAAAAUAGAAGGGUCAUUGAUGAAAGCUAGCACAGAUGAAAAAAAACUGAAGGGCCAAAAGACAAGCUCCUAGGACCAAGAUCCAACUGUCAAAUAAUAGUUAAUGAGUUUAUGGAUUUUUCUUAUUAUUUCUUUUGUUAGGUUUUGUUCUUAAUGAAGUACUCGUGCAAAACUCUAUAGCUCUGAUGGUCCACUUGCUUUAACUGUGUUCCUCCAAAAUUCAUUGCCCCCAUCAUCCUAAUAUUCCUUAAUAAAUGAUGAAACUUUUCAAAAUGGUCCACUACUGAUAGUUGUUAUAAAGAUUGUCUGCUUUUAAUUUUUUUA